AUGGGUUGUGGUAUGAGCACUGAAGAUAAGGAGGGCAAGCAGAGGAACGAGGAGAUUGAGAAUCAAUUGAAGAAGGACCGCAUGAUGCAGAGAAAUGAGAUCAAGAUGCUGUUGCUUGGUGCCGGUGAAUCCGGAAAGUCCACCAUCCUGAAACAGAUGAAGCUUAUCCACGAGGGUGGUUACUCCCGCGAUGAGAGAGAGUCCUUCAAGGAAAUCAUCUUCAGCAACACUGUGCAAUCUAUGCGCGUCAUCCUCGAGGCCAUGGAGUCGCUGGAGCUCCCCCUCGACGACCAGAGAGCCGAAUACCACGUCCAGACCAUCUUCAUGCAACCCGCACAGAUCGAAGGCGACAACCUCCCCCCGGAGGUCGGCAACGCCAUCUCAGUCCUGUGGAAGGACCCCGGUGUCCAGGCCUGCUUCCAGCGCUCAAGAGAAUACCAGCUUAACGACUCGGCCAAAUACUACUUUGACUCGAUAGACCGCAUUGCUCAGCCCGACUACAUUCCCAACGACCAGGAUGUCCUCCGUUCUCGUGUCAAGACCACCGGUAUUACCGAGACCACCUUCAUCAUUGGCGACCUCACCUACCGCAUGUUCGACGUCGGUGGUCAGCGUUCCGAGCGUAAGAAGUGGAUCCAUUGCUUCGAGAACGUCACCACCAUCCUCUUCCUUGUCGCCAUCUCAGAAUACGAUCAGCUGCUCUUCGAAGAUGAGACCGUCAACCGUAUGCAAGAAGCCUUGACCUUGUUCGACAGCAUUUGCAACUCAAGGUGGUUCGUCAAGACAUCAAUCAUUCUGUUCCUCAACAAGAUCGAUAGAUUUAAGGAGAAGCUGCCCGUCAGCCCCAUGAAGAACUACUUCCCUGACUACGAGGGAGGUGCAGACUACGCCGCUGCUUGCGACUACAUCCUGAACCGCUUCGUCAGCUUGAACCAACAUGAGACCAAGCAAAUCUACACUCACUUCACAUGCGCUACCGACACCAUGCAAAUUAGAUUCGUCAUGGCUGCUGUCAACGAUAUCAUUAUCCAAGAGAACCUCAGAUUGGCCGGUCUCAUCUAA